AAAUAUUUUUAUUUUUUUUUUGUUGACGGCACGGUUCAUACACAUGUAAUGGAAAACGAUAAUCAACCUGAGUGGGGAAAAACUUGUUCCAAAUGCUUUAUUAUUCCUCAGAGAUACAUAUUUGGUGUUAUGGGAUUUUUUGCUAUAUUUAACGCCUAUACAAUGCGAAUUUGUCUGUCAGUGGUAAUAACUCAGUUAGUCGUGGCUCGUAAUUACACAAAAGACAAAUUGCAAGAUGAAGUUAUAUGUCCAGUUUUGGAAUAUGAUGAUGGCAAAUUUCUUCCCGGUGGUGAAUAUGAUUGGUCACAACAAUUACAAGGUUACGUACUAUCGUCUUUUUAUAUAGGUUAUGUUUUCUCUCAGAUACCUGGUGGAGUAUUAGCUCAAAGAAUUGGUGCAAAAAUUGUUUUAACCGUUGGUAUAUUGAGUACAGCCUUAUGUAGCAUUGCUACACCUUGGACCAUAGUUCACUUCGAUGCAAUUGGGUUAAUUUGUUUACGUAUUAUAAUGGGCUUCGGUGAAGGCCCUACAUUUCCAGCAUUAGCUUGCUUACUUUCACAAUGGGUACCAGUAACUGAAAUGGGCUUUAUAGGAGCCAUUGUACUUGGUGGUGGACAAAUUGGCACAAUUGUCGGAAACACGAUAUGUGGGCUUAUAUUGGCACAUUUCACGUGGGAUAAUGUGUUUUAUGUGUUCGGGUUUACGUCGAUAUUAUGGUGCAUACUAUUUGUGAUUCUAUGUUAUAAUGAUCCAGCAUCUCAUCCAUUUAUUAAGCCAUCGGAAAAGGAAUAUCUUCGCAGUAUAAUGGGAGAAAUUUCUCGUAGGCAAGAUCUGCCACCAACACCGUGGAGUUCAAUAUUUUCAGGUGCACCAAUUUAUGCGCUUAUCUGUGCACAAAUUGGCCAUGAUUGGAGUUUUUUCGUAAUGUCGACUGAUUUACCAAAAUACUUUAAUGAUGUAAUCCAGCUACCCAUUGAUAAGAAUGGUUUCUUUUCUUCUUUACCAUUCGGCGUUAUGUGGGUCUCCUCGAUUAUGUCAGGCUAUAUAACUGACCAUAUAAUUAGACGCGGAGCUGUUGGUAUUACUAAAAUUCGUAAAAUUAAUACUUUCAUAGCUUCAAUGGGACCUUCCAUAUUUCUUGUUUUGGCUUCAUAUUCAGGUUGUAAUCGUUUUCAUGUGUUAGCUUGUUUUACGAUUGGCAUGGGAUUGAUGGGUCCUUAUUAUGCCGGUAUGAAGUUGAGUCCAAUGGAUAUGACCCGCAACUAUUCUGCAACAAUUAUGGGUAUAGUAAAUGGAGUUGGCUCGCUUACUGGAGUGGUAGCUCCAGCAACUGUAGGUUUAAUGACGCCUAAUACAACGAUAGAUGAGUGGCGUUUAGUAUUCUGGGUAGCAUUUAUAAUGCUUGUAAUUUCUUCUGUUGUCUUUGUUAUUUGGGGUACAGGAGAACGACAAUAUUGGGAUGACCCUGAGAAGAUUGCAGAAAGAAAGCAAAAUAAGACUUGAAAACCCAAACAAAAAUUAUUUUAAUGAAAGAUAAUAAAAGUAGAAACUUUGGGCAGACUCAAUUUUAGAUGUAUUUUUUAUAUCUGCGUUUAUAAUGAUUGUAAAUAAAUUAU